AUGUUUUCCUCACAGAGACAUAUUUCGCGGGCCGCACGCCGUUGGGCGUCUACCGGGACUGGAAAAAACUACUUCCAGUUGUUUCCGAAAUCAUUCCCCAACCAGGGCCCUCCAAAAGAUCUGUUUCUUGUCAAUGCUCGGACUUUAAGAAAAGAGUUCAGGGCGCUCCAAAGUCAAAACCAUCCAGACAUCAUAAUGGGCUCGCUGUCAUUUUCGGAAAACAAAGGUAUAGAUGAAACCUCGUCUUCCAUCAACAGAGCCUACUCUGUGGUGAAAAACCCAUAUAUGAGAGCUGCCCACAUAAUAGAGCUUCUUCACCCCGAGCAUUUCGAUAUCACUACAGAUGAAACUUCAAAACAAUUGAUAUCUAAAUUGAAGAGUAAUUCUGCGCAGUCAUUGAACUAUGAAGAGCUUUUGAUGACUGUGUUGGAGGCACAUGAGGCAUUGGAGAUGGCAAAUCGAGAACUGGACUUGGACGUGGUCCAAACGGAAAACGACGAACGAAUUGAUGAAUGCGAAAAAGAAAUCGCCAAGCUACUAGGUUCUCAGCCAAUCGACUGGGACAAGAUAAUCGCAGAGGCGAUUAAGUUGAAGUACUGGGCCAACAUUGCCAACGGGAUCAAAGAAUGGGAGCAGGGCAAACCAGUUCUUUUGACACAUUAA